GUCAACAAUGGGAGCAGAAAGCAAGAAACAGCUUCAUGUGCUUAUGUUUCCCUGGCUCGCACAGGGCCACAUAGGGCCAUUCGUCGAGCUUUCCAAAAGACUUGCUAAUCAUGGACUGAAAGUAACCUUCCUGUCUACUCCGCGUAAUACUGCAAAAAUUAGGCCAUUAUUGUUAGACAAGAUUUGGAAGAUCGAUUUGGUGGAACUGCCAUUGCCGUCGGUGGAGGGGCUGCCGGCAGGCGCAGAGAGCACCGCCGACGUCCCCAACGAAAUGGAAGGCGUCUUGAAGACGGCGCUCGACGGUCUGGAGAAGCCGUUUGAGGAGCUCUUACAGUGGCUCUUACCUGAUUACGUUGUCCACGACUUUUCACAAUAUUGGGCUGCAACUGUUGCUGCCAAGUUUGGUAUUCCGGCAAUUUUCUUCCUUAUUUUUAACGCUGCAACGUCUAGUUACUUGCUGCAUCCCAGCAGAGACAAGGAAGACGAAACCACCGUGAAGGACUUGACCGUGCCGCCUCCUGAUUACCCAUCUACUCAAAUUCUUUGGCGGCCUUUCGAAGCUCGGUAUGUUGUCGGUGUUUUCAAAGAGAGUAACGGACAGAUCUCAGUCAUGCAGCGCUUCUUUAAAUCAGUGCAUGGAUGUUCAUUUAUUAUAAUCAGAUCGUGCUUAGAAAUGGAAGACAAAUUUAUACAAUAUUUGGAGAGAGCAAUCGGAAAGGCUGUAGUCCCUGUGGGUCCUCUACCUCCCGAUCUUCCCCAGAAGAAUCUUUCGGAAAAGGAAUCUUUCUGUCUGAGAUGGUUGGACAAGAAGCCAACUUCUUCUGUAGUGUAUGUAUCGUUUGGGAGCGAAUGCUUUCUCUCGAAAGAGCAGAUCGGAGCUCUGGCACGUGGUUUGGAGGCAACGGGCCUGCCGUUUCUUUGGGUGCUCCGCUUCCCUCAUUUUUCCAAGGAGGAAUGUAGCCUAUCGAGCAUACUACCCGAGGGCUUUGAGUCUCGAACUGGAGAUCGAGGGCUUGUUUAUAGCGAGUGGGCCCCGCAGCUGCAGAUUCUUGCGCACCCAUCGGUGGGUGUGUUUCUGAGCCACUCGGGGUGGAGCUCUGUGGUAGAGGCAGUGAAGUUUGGAGUGAAGCUUGUGCUUCUGCCCAUGAAUGUUGAUCAGGGUCUUAACGCUAGGCUUGUUGGAGGGGAACUUAAGUUAGGAUUGGAAGUCGAAAGAGAAGAGGACGGCAGUUUUACCGAGGAUCACAUUCGAACUGCCGUGCUCAAAGUGGUGAAGGACGAGUGCGAGGAGAGAACAAGUGUAAAAUCGAGAAUGAGUGAAAUGAGAGAGAGCAUGUUUGGCGACAGCGGAUGGGAAGAAAAAUACAUCAACCAGUUAAUCAAACGCCUGGAUUUCUCUAUCUGAAUAAAUCAAUCUGUUUUAU